AAAUUUUAUAAUAAAUGUUAGUUUAUCGAGUAAUUUUACACGCGUGCAAGUUUUGUCUAUGUAGAAACAGGAAAGCAAAAUCCCUACAUUGACUCAUUCCUACAUGUCAUUACGACUCGUCUGCUUAGAAUAAGUAGAAACAUCACUAUGCAAUACUGUGUUUCCAAGAUUUGAUUUUAUGCUGCUGUUCUAUUUACAAUUUCGCAAGACUUAGAUGUAAUGGCAAAUCUGACUAAUACAGUUUCGUGCAGUAGUUUUCCUGAAAACACAGAUCGAUGUGAAACGGUGAUCACAAUCCGUAAAGUUGCAGGGGCAUUUUCACUUACAGGAUGUUUAUUUAUGAUAGCUGUCAUCUGGUUGUUCCGGAAGUAUGUUGUGUUUGCUCAGAGGAUGAUUUUAUAUUUAAGUAUUGGAGCCCUUCUUGACAGCAUUGCAUAUCUUAUGAGCAACACUAUUGAAGAUGGACCACUUUGUGACUUCCAAGCUUGGUGGCUCACCUUCUUUGAUUGGACAGUACUUCUGUGGGUAGCAUGUAUCACCUUCAAUCUUUACAUGAAUGUGGUCCGCGCCACUUCUACUGAGCGCUUUGAAGGGGUUUACCAUAUAGUGUGCUGGGGUCUUCCUCUGUGCAUGUCGCUUUUGCCAUUCAUCAAUGAUCACUAUGGACCUGCUGGAGCUUGGUGCUGGAUUGUGGAGGACAUUGCUUGGAGAUUGGGGAUCUGGUAUGCACCAUUAUUUCUUAUCAUCGUCCUGCUCUUUGCUGCUUACAUCUACAUCAUCUUAACUUUGUCCAGAAAGGCUAGCACCUGGGAAGGCACUUAUGACCCAGACACAGAAAGAAAUCAUCAAAUGCUGCGGGAGGAUAUCAAACCUCUGCGUCUCUACCCUUUUGUAUAUCUUAUCGUCUCCAUCUUUCCCCUCAUUAACAGGAUUCAAAAUGCCUUUGCCCCCCACAACCACGUGUUUGCACUCGUGGUGCUAGCUUGCCUGUCAGCGCCUCUUCAUGGUGCAUUGAAUGCCCUGGUGUUUGGAAUGGAUAGGGAGACAUUGAAGAAACUGACACCCAUGCAAAUUAUGACUGCACUUCAAGCUCGUGUCCACCCUCAGGAAGUUCGUGAAUAUCCUCUUGCAGUUGGCCACCUUGAUGACCUUGAAGCCACUCCUGAUAAUUCCAAGUUUAGACAUGUGGCUUACACCCGCUUGCACUGACAGUGAUGUGGUGCGACGGGGAAAACAGGGUCAUCAUUUGAGAAGAAAAUCAUGUAGAUGUCUUCCAACACUUACUUGUUGACUCAUUUUAACAGCAUAUUAUUUUCUACCUAUUCACUACAACAGUAAGUGUCUUGGUCGUGUCAUCCUUUUUUGCAGUGGCAUGCACACGAAUUUCAAGAUAAAAGAUGCUGCUGAUGUUAGGGUUUGUGAACAUACUGUGAGAUGAUGUUGAUUACAACUUUUAGUAAAUGAGACAUUCAAUAAACUUUUAACGAAAAGGAUGCUGGUAUUUCCUAAGAAAGAAUAUUGACAUUAGGCAUUAUUUUGGAUUUCUUAGAAAGGAAAUAGUUCAGUCUGUGCACAAAUAGGCAGUGGCGUAGGAACCAGGGGGGCAGCGGGGGCAGCCGCCCCCCCCAAGGAAAAUACAGGGGGGGCAGGAAUAUCCUUUUGCCCCCCCCAAUAUUUGAGACGUAAUACCUCACAAAGAGCAAAGAA